CUGAGCUCGAAGACGUCGCGUCGAAGAGGACCGCCGACCGUCACGCCACGCAAUAAUGCAUGCCUUUUUUUCACCCCAACCCCCCUCCCGGACUUGAUUCGCAUCUCAGAACAACAAUCCGCAUCGCAUUGCGUCGAAUUCGUAAAGACGCAGAUGCGGAUUGGGUUUCUCGAGAAUUUAUCGACAAGUCCUAGUGUUUUAAGGCCAUUUUCACCAGGUUGACUGACCGUGCUUUUUGUGCGACGGUUUUGCAAAUGUUGUAUAUUGUCAAAAGGUAAAACCUUCAGAUUUUCAGUCAAUUUUGUUACGAAUAAUGUAUUUUUCAACUGUCACUGUGCCUUUUGCGCUUCGCUUAAUACUUUUCGAUUCUGAGAAAAAGUGCGGCAUUUGCAAACAGCGCUCAACGCGUCACGUUGGGACGAAAAUUGCGGAGUGUAUAGUGAAUGAAGAAUAUUUAUGUAAGUAUUCAUAAAGUAUUCACAAAUUGUUGAAAAAUAUUUAUUGUACUGAUCCUAUCAUUUUUUCUUACAGGGUAACAGACAACAGACAGGUUUUAUGCUUGAAUGAAGAGUUGCCAUAAUGACAAAGUGCGGUGACAUUUAUUCUUUCUAACGUUUUUUUCGUUGUAUACCUUGCAUUGUUUAGCAACUAAAUUUCAUUGCAAGUUGCGGAUGAUUCGUUGAAGAGAUACCCGUUAAUGGUCGAUUACUUUGAAUUUACUUUGAAUCCUGCUUCAGAUCUCUGCAGAUCUUUCGAUUUGCAGCGAUUGUGCUUCUUCUUCUAAUAUCUAAUUGCCAUUUAAAAUGCUCCGCAGAUAUCCGAACUCACACUGCAUCGAGAUGGAACUCAUAACUCUUCAUCCUAGUUUAGGCCUUGCUGCAGCUGGUGAUGGGUGGUCCACCGCUUCCAGUGUUUUGAAAACAAGCACAUACUCAAUCUCCACGUUCAAACAAAUCUGCAUUAACCGUACUGGAGGCGGUUUGAUGGAACAUUACACACGGGAAGCGGCGAUUCCAUUCCAUUCCCGUUGCGGAAAGUGAACAACAUUGCGGAAGCUAGCCCGCGUUAUGCAAGCAGGAAAUAAGGGUGCAAAAAAACAUCGCAUCAACGGCACCAAGAUGAGCAGCUCAAACGCUCGACCACCGUCCGGCCAUUGUUCGAUAGUGAAAACGGCGCUCGAGCUUCCGGAAGUUCGCCGAACGUAGCCUCCGGAACCCGUUCGAAACAUGCUGCUGAUCGUUUACUUCCUAGCCACGUUUGUCGGCGUCGCUGCUGCCGGGGAUCCGUCGGCUAGAGUCAAAGGUGACUUGGUCAUCGGAGCCCUCUUCAGCGUUCACAAAACCCCCAGAGGUGGUCAGGGUGCUUUGGUCUGCGGUGAAGUGCGCGAAACGUACGGUAUUCAACGGGUCGAAACGGCCCUCAUCACCCUCGACAAGAUCAACAGCAACAGCAGUAUUUUACCUGGCGUCACCCUCGGACUCGAGGCCAGGGACUCGUGCUGGUCGGCUCCGGUCGCUCUUCAGCAGAGCAUCGAAUUGGUUCGAGACGCCAUAACUCCGGUGCUCACUCAGUCUCAACUCUCGCAGAACGCCGACACUGCGCAUUGCUUGCAAGCCGCGCCUCAGCAGGAGACUCCCGACGGAAAAGCUCCGCUUGUCGGCGUUGUUGGACCAGGAUCGAGUUCCGUCACUCUACAGGUUCAAAACCUGCUUCAGCUUUUCUCCAUUCCACAGGUCGGUUAUUCGUCGACGUCACGUGACCUCACCGACAAGUCGAGGUACUCGACGUUCCUGCGAGUCGUACCGUCGGAUCAUUACCAGGCCCAGCUGCUGGUGGAUCUGGUGAGAUACUUCAACUGGACCUACGUGUCCAUCGUCAACACUGACGAAAAUUAUGGACAGAGUGGAAUCGCGGCGUUUCGCGAGCUGGCCGAACGAAGCGGAGUCUGCGUUGCUCGAGAAGACGCUGUUCUCUCGACAGCGGAGGACGCGGCCUUCGACAGAGUCCUGACGAACCUGAAUCAGGAUCGUGCCGCGAAUGUUGUCGUCUGUUUCUGCGAGGGCAUGACGAUGCGCGGCCUGCUGGGAGCGUCGAGGAGGCUGAAUUUGACAGAGAGGUUCAUGUUCAUCGGAAGCGACGGUUGGGCUGAUCGAGACGACGUCGUCACCGGGCACGAAUUCGAGGCUUGGGGCAGUCUCUCGAUACGAAUCCACUCCCCCUACGUCCACGAGUUCGAUGACCACUACUUCGCCCUCAAACCCUACAACAACUCGAGGAAUCCCUGGUUUCAAGAGUUCUGGCAGCACAAGUUCAACUGCUCCUUGCCCGGCCUUACCGGUAACGACGAGGACGUCGAGAGGACUCCGACAACCACUGUCUUUCCCGUCGACAAGAAGAUCUGUACCGGAAACGAGAAGCUCAGCGAGAAAUACAAACAGGACCCGAAAAUGAGCUUCGUGAUGAAGUCGUUUUGGGCCAUGGCUCACGGGCUUCACAACAUGCUCGAGGAAGUAUGCGGGAAAAAUUUCUACGGCGUUUGCAAGGCCAUGCGUCCCUUUAACGGGACGCUCUUCAAGGAUCACUUGAUGAACGUCACCUUUUCCUUCGGCGGUGAGGACGUGGAAUUUGAUCGACGUGGUGAUCCUCCAGGCAGGUACGAAAUAUUGAACUAUCAAAAACUACCCAACGGAACUUACGACUACAUACAAAUCGGCGACUGGAAUAAUGGGACCCUCGCAUUUUCUGGCCUUCCACAAUCACGCGGCACUCAAAUCGUCGAAAGUGUUUGCUCCAAGCCCUGCCCUCCCGGAAAUUACAAGAACUUCAAGACCGGUGGCCAAGAGAAACGGUGCUGCUGGGCCUGCGUUCCCUGCGCCGACCACGAGAUCGCCGACAAGGAUCAACUCCAGUGCCAUCCUUGCCCGAACGGACAAUGGCCGAACGGCAACAAAACCGAGUGCCUCGUCAUCCCCGACGAGUACACCUCGUGGGGCGACGCCGAGGCCGUCGUCGCCAUGACCUUCAGCGCCCUCGGACUUCUCGCAACCUUCGCCACCUGCCGCGUCUUCGUCAGGCACAACAACACCCCCGUCGUCAAGGCCAGCACCAGGGAGCUCAGCUACCUCAUCCUCGCCGGCAUCACCCUCGCCCAUUUCGCGGUAUUCCCAAUCCUGGCAAAGCCGAGCGGACUCUCGUGCGCGGUGAGCCGCUUAAUGCCGGGAAUAAGCUUCGCGAUGAUAUACGCGAGCCUUUUGACGAAGACGAACAGAAUAGCAAGGAUUUUGGCUGGCUCGAAGAAGCGCUUUCCCACGCGAAAGCCGCUCUUCAUGUCCGCCACGGCGCAGGUCGUCAUCACCUGCAUCCUGAUCCUUAUCGAGGCGGGCGUCGCGACGGCGAUGAUGCUGCUGGACCCGCCGUUACCUCUGCAGGAAUUUCCGGCUCGGGACAGAUCCGUCCUGACCUGCGCCACGUCGCCGAGAGCCGUGCUCUCCCCUCUGGCCUUCGACGCGGUCCUGAUAGUCCUCUGCACUCUCUACGCCGUCAAGACCAGGAACGUCCCGGAGAAUUUCAACGAGGCAAAGUUCAUCGGGUUCGCGAUGUACACGACCUGCGUCAUUUGGGUCGCGUUCGUGCCGAUUUACUUCGGCAGCGAGUCCAAAGUGAUAACGAUGUGCAUGUGCGUGACCCUCAGCGCCUCGGUCACUCUUAUUUUUCUCUUCCUCCCGAAACUCUACAUAAUCGUCCUACGGCCCGAGCGGAAUAACCGGGCCCUCUUCACCACCAGCAAGUCAAUCAGGUGCCACAUCGGGGCCCGAGUUGCCGCCGCUAUCGCCGAGCCCCCGUCGAAGCAGACGAUAUAUCGACUGUCGGGGGAAUCCGAGGCGACCGAAGCCAGCAACAGCUGCAGGGCGACGAUCCAGCGCCGAACGCUCAGCGUUCAGACGGGCGAGGAGCUGUUGGCCGAUCUCUUCUGCAUAUCCUGCGAAGAAGAUGACAAAGUUGGAAGAAGGGGCGGCGGGACGGAGGUGCCAAAGUCGGUUGUUACGAAACUGAACAAUUCGAUGGAAACUAUCGUUUCGAGAUCGAUGGAGAAACUCUGCAGGUCGAUCGAGAAGAUAUGCAAUUCCAACGAGAGCGUUUACCGCGCGAAGGAAAGACCCUUCAAGGUUGAUGCUAACCCAAUCGGAAAUGGAAGGAGGAGAUCUUCCCCGUCCAUGUCAAAGGACUUUGGCAUCCAGCUGCAGCUUCCGGAUUGGGCUGAACUCGAUCCGAAAAAUUUAAUCAACGAUCUCCGCAAGUGCUCGCCGACGGUGCAGAUGUUUCGUUCGUCAUCGCGAAACGUUUCACCGACGAAAGACUGCGGCUGUCGUGAAAACGUUUACCAGAUCGUUGCCGGUGAUAAUUGCGUGAAUGAUUGCAACGUUUAUCGCCAAUUUCACGACGCGACGAACGUCGGCGACGACGUCGACGAGGGGAUCGUCGGUGUGAGGAUACGGGAAGAGAACGACGUUCUUUCCGGCGACGACGAACCCGUUGUCAAGAUCACCAUCACUCUGGGGCAGAAUUCGGCUGCUACUUCUGGAGGAUGCCCCGUGGAGGAAACUGCCGGCGUUUGAUCGUCGAGUGACGUAUUUACGCGCACGUGAAUCGUUACCGUUACUUUCUUUCUUUCUAUUCAUAUUUAUUCUUCUUCUUUUUUUUUUUCGAAACCUAAUUACGCAGAAACUAGUCGAAGAGAGUUAUAUUUUUAACUCAUCAAAUUGCCCCGAUCCGUUUUUAGUGAUUUCGUCAACUCUAGUCAUCGACGUUGUAGGACGCGUAGUAUUCAAUUGGCUGCGACGAUGCGGACAUCGAUUUUUCUCAGACGAACAGUUUUUAUCUCUCGAGAAGUUGCGCAGUCGUAGAAAUAGAAGAAAACGAAAGGAAAGUUCGUGGAAUUAUGGGAAUCGUGAAACAAUAUCGGUUCUUGAUAUACGAUCGUAAAUACGUAACGAACGCAAUUCUAAAUAUAUUCUUAAAAAGGAAUACGUUCAUUUUUUCUACUCUUGAUGCUGAUUUUGUUCGUUCGAAUCGAACGUAUUUAAAAUAUAUAUUUAUAAUAAUUAUUUCAAUCAACAUCCACCAACUCGAACCCCUUUCGACAUGAAAUAUUAUCACCAUUAUUCCAUGCAGAUUUCAAUCGAUUUUCCUAUCAAUUUUUAUAUUCCAGUCUUUGAGGUAUAAUUUUCUAAUUUAAUACUCUGUACCGUCUAAUAGUCGUCGGGAAUAAAUCAAAGGUUAUCUACUUUAUGUAUAAAAUACUAACAAAAAGAAUAAUCAUAAUUAGCGUAUAUAUAUAUAUACGUACACAUAUAAUAUAUAUGUGUAUGUAUAUAUGCUAACAAAAACUGGAGACGCGUAGCGAAGGGAUCAAAAUGUAGCAAGAUUUUUUUUUUUUUUGCGUACUCUGAAAUUGAAAUUGAAAUUUCGUAAUGUUACAUCUCUACCCGUCAUUAGAGAAAAAGGAAAGAAUAAUUUGAACAAUAUUUAGGCGUACAAAAUCUAUUAUACAAGUAUAUAUAAUAUACAUGUUGUAUGUCAAUAAAUUUUCAAAUAAAAAACGUAUAAAUAUACCUACAUAUGUUACUCGCACACUGAGAAAGACGAUUUUAUUCUACCUGUCACAUUUCCGCGAGUCGAGAAACUUUGAACAUUUUCUCGUUGUGAAAUAAAAAAAAAAAAAAAAUGAUAUUCUAGUCCCGAGGGUUUGUUCGAAAUGUGACAAUUGUUGCUCCCGAAAAGUGUUUUUCUUAAUGUGCGUGUGUUUGUAUACGUAGGCAUUUAGAUUAGGAUAUUCAUACAAGGAAGGGGAGGGUCUCGACUUGUCUAAAUAAUUAUCGACAACUCUGUAAGGUGUUUGUUCAGUCCUUAUCCGUUAUCUUCGUGUGUUGAAAAGUGUUUCAUUUCUUUCCAAUUCUUAUAACGCACAGAUCAGUGUGCUGAUCCUACUCGCCUAUCAAAGUUGUUAUCAUGAUCUUUCGUUACCGAAUUGGUCCGACGGCGGUUCCAAUCCAACAAUAAUUGUCUAGUAUCCCUCUCCCUUGAGAUGCAAUUAAUAAUCGUAGACUAUAUCAUACACACAAUUGUGAAUACACGAGUCGUUACCCUUAUCGUCGUUUCGUUUUAUCGACGACAUCCCGGACGUAACUUAUUGUAGUUGUGCUAUUAUCGUUUCGGUCAAGUCGAUAUACUUGUACGUUUGGCAGAGAGAGAAAAAGAAACGUUUCUCUUUCUUUUUUUUUUGUUUACACCAUUUUUCGUUGAAUUAUUACGACGUGGAAAUUAAUAUCUACGCACGUGUAACGUAAUUUUAGCGUAAUGUAUCUUCUAUUGUUAGAGUUGAAUUAAAAAGAAAAACAAAUUUUUUAACACUUCGUCAGAUGAUCGAAAUCACUCCGUCGGUUUAUACCCUGCGAACGUUUCAGGAUUAAUGUAAAAUUU